AUGAGCAACAUCAAGACACGGCUGCAAAAGGCGCGGUCCAAGUUCUCGCGCCGCAACAGCGAGGCGUCGACGAGAGCACGCUCGAUAGCAUCGUCGGCGGGCAGCGACCGGCAUGGCCACGCGCCGCCACCGCCGCUGAGCAGCCCGCUGCGCAAGAGCGUAUCGCUGCCAAAGUUGGCGGAGCCAGCGGCCUCUAAGGCGUUGCGGUCGGGGGCGCAUGUUGACGAGGACGAGGACGAGGAGACGAUGGUGGUGGGCAGAGCGGCGACCGAGAGUCAGGCCGACGCAGAAGCAAGCACCGGCAGCAUCAAUACGUCGAGAGACGGGCGGUCGAGCUGCACCCAGGCCAGCACUGCGCCCAGCAGCUCCCACGACGCCCGCAAGCCCUCCGCCGACGUGCCCAUUGUCUGUCCCCAGGUCACGCUCGAGGCUCCUACGCCCGUUCACCCCGGAGCGCCGCCUGCCGAGCUCGACCGCCCUGCCCUGCCCGACUCGCUUUCUUCAACUCCCUCGUCUGUCCCCGCAACCACCACGACGACAGCCACAACCACGGCCACAACCACCUCGCUCCCCUCAUCGCCCACCCUCCAACGCCACCACUCCACCAUCACCACCGCCUCUGCCGCCGAUGCUCAUCUAAUCACCAACCUGCUCGGCCCUGACUCCUCCCAGGCCGUCACGCCCUCAGGCCCGCCUACAGCCAUCAACCACGCUGGCGCGCCGCCAUCUACAGCCCGCACCGCCGGCACGAUGCACCGCAAGAUUUGGGUCAAGCGGCCCAAUGCCUCGGCCACACUCGUCCAGAUCAGAGAGGACGACCUGGUCGACGACGUACGCGACAUGAUUCUAAAAAAGUAUGCAAACUCGCUGGGCAGGAGCUUCGACGCGCCAGACGUUACUCUGCGAAUUGUGCCCCGCAACAGCCAGCGCACAGGUGAACGCACUCUCGGCCCCGAGGAGGACAUGUGCCGCACCAUCGACACCUACUUCCCCGGCGGCCAGACGGUCCACGAGGCCCUUAUCAUCGACGUGCCCUCGCGACGCACCCCCAAGCCAUCGCCCCGCGUGCCUCCUUACUACCACCAUGAAGACGGCGUCCACCAACAGACCGAGUACUUCCCCCCCAUGUCAGCCAUCACCCCCUCGCCAGCCAACAUGAGCGCUAGCUUGCAGCACCCUCACGACAACCGUAUUCCCGUGCCCCACCUCCACUCCAUAUCAGUCCUAAACACCGGACAGCUACCUAACCUGCCAUCUCCCGGCGGCACACGACGCGGGCCCAUGCAUCCACAUCGUCCCAAGUACAACAGAACACACACCGCCUCUCCCACCACCCUAGGCGGUGGUAUUCCCUCUUCUGCCACCUCUAUCCGCCCUGCAAACCGUCCACGACAUGACUCGUCAGCGUCCGAAGCGAAGAACUCGGCGGCCUCGAAUAACCCAAUACCCACACCCCCCGUCCCCGCCGAUCCAACGCCUCACCAGCAAACGCUUCAGACAUCGACUCCACCCACCCCGCGCAUCUCAUCACCGCAACUCAAUACCAAGAAGAAGCGGAGAAAGGUCGCAGUAGAGCCGCCAGCCCUGCCUGCUGGGCUGUUGGACGGAUCAGUGCCCCCUAUCAACGUCUUGAUUGUCGAAGACAACAUCAUCAACUUGCGUGUCCUGGGCGCUUUCAUGCAGAGAUUAAAGGUUCGUUGGCAACGCGCAAUGAACGGAAAAGAGGCAGUCACCAAAUGGAAAGCCGGUGGAUUCCACUUGGUGCUGAUGGACAUCCAACUGCCCGUCAUGAAUGGUCUCGAAGCAACAAAAGAGAUUAGGCGGCUGGAGCGUGUCAACGGCAUUGGUGUCUUCAGCAGUGACAGCAGCGAAGCACCCAACACUCGGCUUGGCAACGACGGCAAAGGCCAAGACGAGCUAAGAGAGGAUGACAAGCUAGGUGACAAGGGAAUGUUCAAGAGCCCAGUCAUUAUUGUCGCACUCACGGCCAGUUCGCUGCAAAGUGACAGGCACGAGGCUUUGGCUGCUGGCUGCAAUGAUUUCUUGACAAAGCCUGUGAACUUUGUCUGGCUUGAACGAAAAGUAAAGGAAUGGGGCUGCAUGCAAGCUCUAAUCGACUUUGACGGUUGGCGCAAGUGGAAAGAUUUUGCCGACAAAUCUGAGAACAACGAUACCACUUCAAAGCUUUCCGGCAGUUUUACAAGCGUUGCCCCAAACAAAAAGGCUAACGCUAGCCCAACUACGGCGACAUCAGAAACCAAUGGCGUCAAGAAGGACGCUGAGAUGGAGAGGAAAAACAAGCGCAAGAGUUUGGGAGUAGUGCCGCAACCUGUGCUAAGAGAAGAGGCUGAACCACAGCCAGCUGAAGUCGACAGUGGAGACAACUAA